GGUACUAGAGACUGACAGAGAGAGAGAGAGAGAAACAGAGCGAGAGGUACUCUAGAGAGAGAUUGAACCAUCUGACAGUCAGACAGUGAAUGUCAGUGUGUAGCAGAGAGUGGUUCCUUUCUGCCUGCCAGACAGUGUUGCAGUGUGUGAAGCAGCUGUCUCUUUCUCUGCUCUGAUACACUAAUAGGCCAAUAAGCGCAGUAAUGCAGAAGCUGUAGAGAGGAGAGAAGAGACACAAGCCACCCGUGACUACAGCACAGGGAUGAUGCUUUGAGGACCGGAUUGAGAAGUGCUCUGAGGAUUCAGGCAUUCAGACUGAGUACAGACAGAGAGAGGGCUGCUGUGCGGUACCUACCUGAGAUACAGCAGUUCAUCGCUGCACCUUUAUAACACAUUCAGCAUGGAUAUGGAUGAACUGUGUACUUACACAGAUGGCAUGGACAACAGCUCCCUAAAAUACUCAAAGACUGAGCAGACAGAGAAAAUGUGGAUGCGACUCAAGGGAAUGCAGAAGUACAAAAACACGUCUCAAAGAUUGAGAUGCCUGGUGAAGCAGCUAGACAAGGGAGAAGUGAAUGUGGUGGACUUGAGGAAGAAUAUAGAGUAUGCAGCCUCUGUUCUAGAGGCAGUCUAUAUCGAUGAAACCAGGCGUCUUCUGGACACUGAGGAUGAGCUCAGUGACAUCCAGACGGACUCUGUCCCUAUGGAGGUGCGGGAUUGGCUGGCCUCGACCUUCACCAGGAAGAUGGGCGUGGUCAGGAGACGACCCGAGGAGAAACCACGGUUCAAGAGCAUUGUCCAUGCCGUGCAGGCUGGCAUCUUCGUCGAGAGGAUGUACAGACGGACAUCUAACAUGGCUGGACUGACGUACCCUCCAGCUGCCAUCGCUGCUUUGAAGGAUGUAGAUAACUGGUCCUUUGAUGUGUUUGUGCUCCACGAGGCCAGCAGUGAACACGCAUUAAAGUUCCUGGUGUACGAACUGCUCACCCGAUAUGACCUGAUCAACCGCUUCAGGAUACCAGUGUCAUCUCUGGUGUCCUUCGUAGAGGCUCUAGAGGUGGGCUACAGCAAACACAGAAACCCCUACCAUAACCUGAUCCACGCUGCCGAUGUCACACAGACAGCACACUAUCUGAUGCUCCACACUGGCAUUAUGCACUGGCUCACUGAACUGGACAUCCUAGCAAUGGUGUUUGCUGCAGCUAUCCAUGACUUUGAACACACUGGGACAACCAACAACUUUCACAUUCAGACCAGGUCAGAGGUGGCCAUCUUGUACAACGACCGGUCAGUCCUGGAGAACCACCAUGUCAGUGCUGCCUACAGACUUAUGCAAGAGGAUGAGAUGAACAUACUGGUCAACCUGUCAAAAGAUGACUGGCGAGAGCUGCGGACCCUGGUGAUUGAGAUGGUGAUGAGUACAGACAUGUCCUGCCAUUUCCAGCAGAUCAAAACCAUGAGGAACGCCCUGCAGCAGCCCGAGGGAGUAGACAAGGCUAAAGCCUUAUCUCUGAUGCUGCAUGCAGCUGACAUCAGCCACCCAGCCAAGGCCUGGAAGCUGCACUACCGAUGGACACAGGCCCUGAUGGAGGAGUUCUUCAGACAGGGCGAUAAGGAGGUUGAGUUAGGGCUGCCAUUCUCUCCUCUGUGUGAUCGUAAAGCUACAAUGAUUGCACAGUCACAAAUAGGGUUCAUUGACUUCAUAGUGGAACCCACAUUCUCUGUGUUGGUGGACACGACAGAGAAGAUCAUUACCCCUCUAAUAGAGGAUACCUUAAAGUCACACGACACUGGCGUCCGCAGGUCAAGUUUGACGGGUAGUGGGUCGGUGACGGUGGUGGAGUCAGUCCAGAAACACAGUGGCCGAGGAUCCAGCCAGGGGGUUGACCAGGGUCUCGCUACAGACUAUAGCCUGACUGGCAUCAACCUGAAACGGGUCAGACACACACUGGCAGAGGUCAUCCAACACAACAAAGAUCGAUGGAAGGAGCUCUCUGUCCACGAAUUGGCGAGUAAAGAGCGAGCUGAGUUGAACACUGACCCAGAGGAGGAGGAGUCCCAGAUGAACACAGGGGUUACGUUGACUCACACCAGCCCUGAGAGACACAGCCAGGAGCUCCAAUCAGAGCCCUUCAAUGAACUGAUGAACAACACAAACUCCAAUAACUCUUCCCAGGAGGACUCAGAGCUGGACAACCAUCCUCACAGUCCUCUGUCUCCAUGUGAGGAUAAAGAGACAAGAUCACCUGACUCCAUCUCUCCUGAAUGCCUACCAUGGAACGGAGAAGGCCCCGGGGCAGUCCUUGAGUCGGGGGAGGAGUCUCUUCAGAGCCCUUGAUUCUGAUAAGCUACCCAACAACGUUGCCACUUCCUGAUUCAUCGUAUUUAUUGUACAUUUGUUCUGAUUUAUUUCAUUUUCAGUCUAUUAUUGUAUUGUUAUUUAUUAAAGAUAGGGGUCUUCUUGCUCCUCUUUGCACCGCAA